UAAGCAUACCUGGCCUUGUCGAGGAGAAACAGACCAGAGUUGAGUCAGUUUCUAAAGAGAACACUGUGAAUGGUGGAUUGUCUACAGUACAGACUAGUGAGUCUAGCGUGGGGGAAGUGCUCGUUACAAGUGUUAGUUAGGGUCAGUUAUGGAGCGACCGUCGGAAGACUCGCUUCUACGGGACCUGGGAUUGGCUAGAGGUCAAAUAGCCUAUCUCGGUGUUUUCGCCAUCAGUGAGGACAAUCAGGCUGGCGCAGGUGGUGAUGCCGCUGUGUUUCGAGUAGAAUGGCAAGGAAUACCCCUAGCUGCCAAGGUCUUACAUCAUCUCCUCGUUGAGCCAGGUAUCCAGGGCAGGCGCGAGAAACUAAGGCGGUUUGGUGGAGAAAUUUCCACCCUCUCCGGUUUGCACCACCCCAAUCUCUGCCAAAUAUUGGGUGUUGGUGUAACCGCUGAUCGUGGCUUGCCAGCUCUGGCAAUGGAGCUCCUGGAUUCCACUCUGCAGGAUUGUAGUGUUGGCGAUGGCCGGCUUGACGAUGCCACCCUGUUGGGUUUCCUGUCCGACGCAAUAGCCGGUGUCCGCUACUUACACAGCAGAAAACCUCCUAUUAUUCAUCGCGACUUGACCUUGAAAAACAUUCUCAUCAAAGGCCAAACCGCCAAGGUAUGUGAUCUUGGCGUGGCCCGCGCGAUGCAAAGGAGUUUUGCUCUUUUGCUGGAAGACCUGAUCACUUGCCCCGGCACGAUGCUGUACAUGCCGCCGGAAGUCUUGAAAGAGCCUGCCGUGUAUGAUCGGUCUCUCGACAUAUUUUCCUUUGGUGUGCUGUCCCUGAGCGUUUUAGUCGGCGCUAAUCCCUCACGAGAUCUGCUCGACGCACCUCGCUCACGGCUGGUUCAGCGCCCUGAUGGAACGAGCGAGGAACAAGAGAUUGCUGAAGUGGAACGUCGUCGUUCGGCCUUACAACAAGUGCGGAAUGGACAUCCACUCAAAGCGUCAAUUCAGCGUUGUCUCGCUAACCCCGCCAUUGAUCGCCCAACGGCUGCAGAGAUGCACACGCAAGUGAAGGAGGUGGCACGUCUCGCCAAAGAGUUGUCUACGCCUCAUCUUUCCAACGUACCACCAGCUGUUGUACGGCGACUGGACUCUAUCUCUGAACAGCUAACCCAGCAAGCUUCGUCCAUCACUGCAUUGUCCGCAAGGAGUGAUAGACUACAGGAACAGCUUACUGCCAUUACCAACAACCAGACCACCACACAACAACAACUGACUGAUACACAACAACAACUGACUGCUACACGUGAGCAAGUAUCCGCAGUUCAAGACGAACAGAGUUCAGCAACGCAAUGGCUAACUGGACAUCUGGAGACCAUUGCACGAAACCAGGCCCUGGCACAGACUUCCAGAGAGACCACAACAUUUAACGUCCAAGUUACUCCGCUCCCUGGCCAGUUGUCAACGAUGUCUGCUUCCACCCAUCAGGUAAGGUCUACCACUGCACCAGAAAGCCUGUCAAGUUCUGCUUCUGCCACCGCCUCUGCUACAACAGCUACGUCGUUGGCACUGUAG